AUGGACUACGGCUACUCCACCACAUCGUAUGGUGCGCAGGGAGGAGCGAAUGGCGGUGGCUUCAUGCCCGGAAGUCAAGGUGAAGGCUCAGCCACCAAGAAGAACUCAUACGGCAAGGACACUUUGCGACCCGUGACCAUCAAGCAGCUCAUCGACGCCCACCACCCACAUCCAGGCGCAGACCAUUUUGUGAUUGAUGAGAGCGAGUGCACACAAGUGACAUUCGUGGGACAAAUACGGAACAUCAGCACACAGACUACGAACGUCACCUAUAAGCUGGAUGAUGGGACUGGCACAAUCGAAGUCAAGCUCUGGAUCGACGCCGAAGCGAUCGAGAACCCGGACGACCCGCGCAACCAAAAGCCGAAGCCAGAAGAGCAAGGUUACGCCCGUGUCUGGGGACGUCUCAAGGCCUUCAACAACAAGCGCCACGUUGGCGCCAACAUUAUUCGCCCGGUACAAGAUUACAACGAGAUCAGCUAUCAUCUUCUUGAGGCAACAGCAGUCCACCUUCACUUCACCAAGGGUCCACUUGAAGCACUGCAGGCAAACGGAGGAGCAGCAGCAGCAGCACAGCAGAACGGCUACGGCGCACAGCAACAGAUGACAAAUGGUGGAGACUCCGGUCUUGCUGGCAUAACUCCCGUUGCGCGGAGAGUAUACCAAUGUCUGAAGACGUCGCCUCAGACGAACGAAGGUCUCCAUGCGCAGGACAUCGCGACCCGGACGGGGAUGGAAAUGACCGAAGUCUUGAAGGCGGGAGACGAACUGAUGGGGCUCGGGAAGGUAUACACUACAGUGGACGACCACACUUGGGCGCUGCUGGACCUUUAG